AAUCUGUAACAAAACAUUGCUUAUAGAACAUUCUGGCAACUACGAAUUCGCUAACUAGUCGCUUCUGGCAGUUUAUCGUUGAUCCGUGUUCGUCACAAUAUGUUUUAGUGGGGAAAUUACGCCAAAAUGAAAGAAAAGGAUGAAAAUUGUCAACGGAAUUUUAGUUUUAAAAGAUUUUCGACGAGAGUACAUGAAUUCGUUUCCGUUUUUCCGUUGUUGGUUUAUAAAUUGGUAUAAAACUAAAAAGAAAUUAAUAUGUCAGUUAAAAGGAAGUGUAGCGUUCGCGAGUGUAUUGCAGAAUCGGAAAGAUUGUUUUCGUUUCCCAAAAACGAGGAGGACCUCCAAAAGAGGGUGGAAAACCUCAAAAUCCCGCCACCGCUGGUCCCGCCCACAAUGCAUUCGUUUGCAUUAAACACUUCGCGCGAAGUGCAGUGGGUGUGAGAAGAUUGAUGGCACAUGUUGUGUACACCCUCAACCUUGGUUACGAUGAAGCACCUAGGCAUUUGUGGACGGGUCCACUGUCCCGAAGAAGCUGCUGCAUUAGCAGCUCCGUUUCUAGGCAGGCGACGCUGUUUGAGUUCCCUAAAAAGGACGAUGUUUGUCAGAGUUGGGCAGAGGCUUGCAACAUAGUCGUGUCGCCUUCUGAUACCCUAUUUAUUUGUCGUAACCAUUUUGACCCAGAGUACGUCUCCAGAUGCAAACUUUUGCCUGGGGCUAUUCCAUGUUUUAGAUUAGAGUCAGAACCAAAUCGUAGCUCUUCUAGUACUGACUCUGAUUGGGUGUGCCCGCCCGUCACUAUAACUUAUGAACGUCCUAAGGUAGUUGUAGGAUAUAAAGAGAACGACAUAACCUUGAAGGAAUUCGAAGAAUAUUCCAUUUUAGAGGAAAAAGAUUAGGAUUAGGGACACAAAAUAACGACGUAGGCACUGCAUUAGACAGUCGCGAACGAUUUGCUCGAUCCACACGGUUUUAUCAAAGUAAUGCGCUCAAACUUAAUAAAAUGAUCGAAGAGUUAGAGGGGGUUAUAAAACAGCUAGAAACAGAGUAUAAAGAACUUAAAGAUCGUGCAAUAGUUGCGGAUGAAACUUCAAGCCCUGGUGCUGUAACAUUCGCUAGGAUGAUCGUCACAAAACGCACUUUCUUUAGUGACAAUGAAAAGACAUUGGCACAAAAUAUUAACUAUAUGUCCACCAAAUCUUACAGUUUCAUGCGUGACGAUUUAGGUUUCGCUUUACCAAGCAAAAGCUCCCUUUUGAGAUGGCGCCCCAUUAGGUAUGUUGUCCCUGGCGUCGAUGCCAAUGUCAUGGGAAAUUUGGCAAAAUUGCCAAAAAAUAUGUCCGUUCUAGAACGUAAUUGCGUUCUCUUAUUUGGUGAAAUCAUCAUAAAGUCCGAUCUAACUUAUAAUCGAGUUAGAGAUAUCAUUGAUGGGUUUGUAGAUUACGGGGAAGGCCAUCGCGAAAUGAAAAUAGGUAGUAAAUGUUGUUUUUUUAUGGUUAAAGGGUUGAGUUCAAGUUGGAAAUAUGCGUUUUUUUACUAUAUUUUCAAAGGUGGACUUCUCAGUAAAAAUGUAUUUGAAAUUUUGAAUACAAAUAUCGCAGCACUGAAGUCAAUUGGCCUUAACGUAAAGUCUUUAGUCUGCGAUCAGGGGGGACCAAACUCUUCAAUUUUCAAUUUAAUGCAAAUUAGUGAAGAAAACCCCUUUUACAUGCACGAAGGCUCUAAAGAGUAUUGGUUAUAUGACUAUUGCCACCUAUUUAAGUCUGUCCGCAAUACGUUAAUGAAAUAUGAUAUUUCAAGUCCCGAUGGAAUAGUCAGUUUCAAUAUUAUUAAAAAACUAUACUCUAUCGAUCAGAGCAAUACACAUUUUAAGAUUUGUCCGAAACUAACAGAGUCCCACAUAUAUCCCAGCACCUUUGAAAAAAUGUCUGUAAAACGUGCAACUCAAGUUCUGAGUAAUUCGGUCGCGGCUGGCAUAGAAAUGGCCUAUAGCCAAAAUCUAUUCUGCUCUGACGAAUAUUUAAAAAAAUGUGUCAAGCCUACGCAGUUAUUUGUGAAGAGGCAAUGACAAAGACACAGAGCGAAUUAACGCUCUAUUCUGAGGCCCUAAUCAGAGCAAAAAACUAUAAGGAUGACGGCGAUUUAAGGCUGGUCAAUCCAAGUGAUAGGGUCUUCUA